AGACCUCAUUGAAAAGGGCAGGGACUGUUUUGGACAUGGAAAGGGACAGUGUAGCGAUGUUCAACCAGCCUGUCAAACUGGACUUCACUAGUUCAGGUCAUUACUGUGUAAACAUUGUGGACAGUGAGAAUAGAAGUUUCAUUCACUCUGAUAAGCUAUUGCAAGCUAAUGAGGAAGAAAUACUGACUACAACAGACAAGAUGAACACAAGUGAAAAGAUGAAAGUUCUGGAGAAACUUCAUAAACAGUUUGGARAUGCCUCUGCUGACAAAAUACAGAGACUUUUGACUAAUUCUGGCAACAAGGACACAGAAUGUGACAGUCUGCUAAAAAACAUCGUGAACCAGUGUGAAGUGUGUCAAAAAUAUUGUAAGACCAAACCAAAACCUGCUGUCGGCUUACCAUUGGCAUCCACAUACAAUGAAACUGUUGCUGUAGAUCUGCACGAACUUGAACCUGGGGUUUGGUACCUACACAUUAUUGACCAGUUCACCCGUUUCAGUGCUGGUAGUGUCUUAACCACCAAGAGGUCUUCUGAAAUAGUCAGACGUUUUAUUCAUGAUUGGAUCAGUGUGCAUGGCCCACCACAAAAGUUGUUCAGUGACAAUGGUGGUGAAUUCAAUAACGAGGAAGUGAGAGACAUGGCCGAGAACUUCAAUAUUGAAGUCAAGACAACACCUGCUUACAGUCCAUGGAGCAAUGGACUGUUAGAGCGCCACAAUCAAACUCUGACAGAGAUCUUGCUAAAAGUCAAAGCAAGUACUGGAUGUGACUGGAGCACUGCCAUGGACUGGGCCCUGAUGGCAAAGAACUCUAUGCAAAGUGUCCAUGGAUACAGCCCACAUCAGCUGGUGUUCGGGCAGAAUCCUAACCUGCCUUCUGUAUUAAUAGACAAAGCUCCAGCUCUAGAGGGCACCACCAAGAGUGAAUGGGUUGCCAAYCACAUUUCAGCCUUGCAUGCUGCAAGAAAAGCUUUUUCAGAAGCAGAAUGUUCAGAAAGGAUACGGAGAGCACUAAAGAAACAGAUGCGGCCCAUAGACGAGCGAUAUGAAACUGGAGACAAAGUKUUUUACAAAAGAGUGGAUUGUCCAGAAUGGAAAGGACCAGGAGUGGUGAUUGGUCAAGAUGGCGCAGUCGUUUUUGUUAGACACGGAGGCACCUGUGUCAGAGUCCAUCAACUCAGAUUGAGGAAAGUUACUCAUGAGAAUGAAGAACCUCAGAUUGCCUGCGAUGAGAAGAACAAUCGAGAACAACACACAAUGGACAUCAUUGAAGAGAAUGUAGAAGGAGACACUAUUGCAGUAAAUCCUGAAAAUCAUCAUUUGCCUGCUCCUGAAAAUGCAGAGACUGAGAGACCGCACUCUGAGAACACCGUCAUAAAGGCAGGUCAAAMUGUGACAUUUAGAAAUGCAGAGGGUGUUUCACAAAAAGCCAAAGUGUUGGGACGUGCCGGCAAAGCAACUGGGAAAUACAAGGACUGGUUUAACUUGGAGCUGCUUGAGCCAGCAGAAGUGGCUGGCAACAGUGAGUCAGCUGACCUGUCACAGUUGGAGGAUCUUCACAUCCAGGCAGAUGCUGAGGAUACAGAUAUGCACGAGGAUGUUUGUGUGAGCAAGGACAUAUCGUUUGAUGAAGCAYAGAAAAAUGAAAUAAAUAGCUGGAAACAGAACCAAGUGUUUGAAGAAAUUGAGGACAAAGGACAAAAGUGUGUCUCUACUCGUUGGGUGUGCACUCUGAAAGAGACUGAAAAUGGAAUAAUACCAAAAGCAAGACUUGUUGCACGAGGAUURGAGGAGCUACAAGUUUCUGACCUACAAAAGGACUCUCCAACCUGUGCCUCAGAGUCACUGAGACUCUUGGUGGCAGUMGUAUGUCAAAAACAAUGGGAACUUCACUCUAUGGACAUUAAAUCUGCCUUUUUACAAGGAAUGCAACUGUCCAGAGACAUUUUCAUCAAACCUCCUCGAGAGGCUAAUAGCACAGG